UUCCCCGUUUGUCGCUCCGCUCUCCUCUCUGCUCGUUGACUCUGCGCUGGAUUAACUCGGUCUGUUCUCCGUUAGCUCCCGUUAGCUUCUGUUUUUCUCCGUUACGUUCCUGCUACGUUUCACCGUUAACCGGUGUAAAUACAAACCGACCACCUCUCUGCUGCUGAAUAAAUAACCCGGAGAGCAGGAACAUGUCCACGGCCCUGGAGAGCUACAUCAACCGAACUGUGGCCAUCGUGACGUCAGACGGCAGGAUGAUCGUGGGCACUCUGAAGGGCUUCGAUCAGACCAUCAACCUGAUUCUGGACGAGAGCCACGAGCGAGUGUUCAGCUCGAGUCAGGGCGUGGAGCAGGUGGUGCUGGGCCUCUACAUCGUGAGGGGGGACAACGUGGCGGUGAUCGGGGAAAUCGACGAGGACACGGACUCUUCGCUGGAUUUAGGAAACAUCCGAGCAGAGCCACUCAACUCUGUCGCCCACUGACACACACACACAUACACACACACACACACACACACACACACACACACACACACACACACACACACCUCUGGCAGGUUUACUGAGGUUUAAAUGAUGAUCAUUAAAUCUAAAUGGUUCGUCAGUGAUUCCUGCAGAGACGUUUCUGUUUGUGUUUUUUAUAAGGAGUUCUCGGCGUUGUUAGAUUUCACUUUUUUAUGCUUCGAGUGAGUGUUUGUCAGAUUGUUCGAUAAAGUUUCAUUUCCAAAAAAAA